GUCCUCCCGAAGGGGGGGGCGGGGGGGUGGGGCGGGGGAGGGGAGGUCGGCGCCCGCGGAGCCGCAGCCGGAACCGGGACCAGGAAGCACUUGCAGCCCCAGCGGGUGCAGCGUCGGCCGCAGCGACGGAGGACGCGCCCCCCCGCCCCCAUUGUCAUCUGGCAUGGACACAGGUUCCGUGGGAGGAUUAGACCUGACAGAACAGACUCCUGUUUUACUAGGGACAACAGCCAUGGCGACUAGUCUCUCCAAUGUAGGGAAUUCAUUUGGAGGUCCAGCUAAUUCUUUAGUUUCCAGACCCAAUAAAUUUCAGAACUCAUCAAUGGAAGAUGACGAUGAUGUCGUUUUUAUUGAACCUCUCCAACCUCCACCAACUUCUGCCCCUGCUAUGGCUGAUCAAAGAAACGUGACUUUUACUUCAACAAAAAAUGAAGAGCUACAAGGAAAUGAUUCCAAAAUGCUUCCUUCUUCAAAAGAUUUGUCAUCUCAGAAGGGAAGUAUAAGUGAGACUAUUAUCAUUGAUGAUGAAGAGGACAUUGAAACAAAUCAAGGGCAAGAGAAAAAUGCUUCCAGUUUUACUGAGCGGAGACUUCCCGAGACAAAAAACAGAGCCAAUGACUUGGAUUUCUCAGCUUCCAGUUUUUCAAGAAGCAAGGUAAAUGCAGGAAUGGGUAAUAGUGGUAUCACCACAGAACCAGACUCUGAAAUUCAGAUUGCUAAUGUUACCACGUUAGAGACAGGUAUAAGCUCUGUGAAUGAUGGCCAAUUAGAAAACUCUGAUGGGCGUGAUAUGAACUUAAUGAUUACACAUGUAACAUCACUGCAGAAUGCCAACAUGGGAGAUGUGUCUAACGGACUGCAGUCAAGUAAUUUUGGUGUUAAUAUACAAACGUACACCCCAUCUUUAACUUCACAGACCAAGACUGGAGUAGGACCUUUUAAUCCUGGUAGAAUGAAUGUGGCAGGAGACGUUUUUCAGAAUGGAGAAUCUGCAACUCACCAUAAUCCUGAUUCCUGGAUAUCCCAGUCGGCUUCAUUUCCUCGAAAUCAGAAGCAGCCAGGGGUGGAUACUUUGUCCCCAGUGGCCUCCCUUCCCAAACAGAUUUUCCAGCCUUCUGCACAGCAGCAACCCACUAAACCAGUUAAAGUUACUUGUGCAAACUGCAAAAAACCUUUGCAGAAGGGACAGACUGCGUAUCAGCGAAAAGGAUCAGCUCACCUCUUUUGUUCCACUACCUGCCUUUCCUCCUUCUCACACAAGCCUGCUCCAAAGAAACUCUGUGUCAUGUGCAAAAAAGACAUAACAACAAUGAAAGGUACCAUUGUUGCACAAGUGGAUUCAAGUGAAUCCUUCCAGGAGUUCUGCAGCACAUCAUGUUUGUCACACUAUGAAGAUAAGCAGAAUCCUUCCAAAGGAAUCUUAAAUAAAUCGAGAUGCACAAUUUGUGGUAAACUAACUGAGAUUCGUCAUGAAGUUAGCUUUAAAAAUAUGACUCAUAAGCUGUGUAGUGACCACUGCUUCAACAGAUACCGAAUGGCAAACGGAUUAAUAAUGAAUUGCUGCGAACAGUGUGGAGAGUAUUUGCCCAGCAAAGGAGCCGGAAAUAACGUCCUUAUGGUCGACGGGCAGCAGAAAAGGUUCUGCUGCCAAAGUUGUGUCAGUGAUUACAAACAGGUAGGUAGCCAUCCUAGCUUCCUGAAGGAGGUCAGAGAUCACAUGCAAGACUCCUUCCUAAUGCAGUCAGAGAAAUAUGGUAAACUCACAACCUGUACUGGUUGUAGAACUCAGUGCCGGUUUUUUGAUAUGACCCAGUGCAUAGGUCCUAAUGGAUACAUGGAGCCAUACUGUUCAACUGCUUGCAUGAAUACACACAAGACUAAAUAUGCAAAAUCACAAAGUGUGGGAAUCAUUUGCCACUUUUGUAAGAGAAACUCUUUACCUCAGUAUCAAGCCACAAUGCCUGACGGAAAACUGUACAACUUUUGCAAUUCCAGUUGCGUAGCUAAAUUUCAGGCUCUUAGUAUGCAAUCGUCUCCAAACGGUCAGUUUUUAUCUCCAAGUGAUAUUCAGUUGAAAUGCAGUUACUGCAAGAACUCAUUUUGUUCGAAGCCAGAGAUCCUGGAAUGGGAGAACAAAGUACAUCAGUUCUGCAGUAAAACGUGUUCAGAUGACUAUAAGAAGUUGCACUGCAUAGUUACAUAUUGUGAAUACUGUCAAGAGGAGAAGACCCUACAUGAAACAGUUAAUUUCUCUGGUGUUAAAAGACCAUUCUGUAGUGAAGGUUGCAAGCUGCUCUAUAAACAGGAUUUUGCAAGACGUUUAGGAUUGAGAUGUGUUACUUGCAACUACUGCUCCCAACUAUGUAAAAAGGGAGCAUCUAAGGAGCUUGAUGGUGUAGUGAGAGAUUUCUGCAGUGAAGAGUGCUGUAAAAAAUUUCAAGAUUGGUACUAUAAGGCUGCAAGAUGUGACUGUUGUAAAUCUCAAGGGACUCUUAGAGAACGAGUGCAGUGGCGUGGGGAAAUGAAACAUUUCUGUGAUCAACACUGCUUACUGCGUUUCUACUGUCAGCAAAAUGAGCCCAAUAUGGCGACCCAGAAAGGACCUGAAAAUUUACACUAUGAUCAGGGCUGCCAGACCUCACGAACAAAAGCAACGGGUUCUGCACCUCCCCCAUCACCAACACCGAAUAAGGAGAUGAAGAACAAGGCGGUCCUUUGCAAACCUUUGACUAUGACAAAGGCCACGUACUGUAAACCCCACAUGCAGACAAAGUCUUGUCAAACAGAAGACAAUUGGAAGACGGAACAUGUCCCAGUGCCUAUUCCUGUUCCUGUGUAUAUCCCGGUGCCCUUGCACAUGUACAGUCAGAACAUUCCCAUUCCCACAACUUUACCUAUUCCUGUACCUGUUCCAAUUUUUCUGCCUACCACGCUGGACAGUAAUGAGAAGAUCCUUGCAGCUGUUGAGGAGUUGAAGAAUAAAGUUUCUUCAACUCCCCCUGACCCUGAGCUACUAACGAUGACAGAUAUGAUGGUUGAAGAUGAGGAGAAAGCAGAGGCAACAGAUAUAAACAGUGUGAUCAUUGAAACAGAUGUGAUCAUUGACGCAGAACUAUUGAAGAACUCUGCUCUGGAGACGCAAGCAAAUAUGCCUGAUGUCCCAUAUGAACCAGAUCUGGACAUCGAAAUUGAUUUUCCCAGAGCUGCGGAGGAGCUGGACAUGGAAAAUGAGUUCUUGUUGCCGCCUGUCUUUGGGGAAGAAUACGAGGAACAACCGAGACCUCGAUCCAAAAAAAAGGGAGCAAAGAGAAAGGCGGUAUCGGGGUACCAGUCCCACGAUGACAGUUCUGACAACUCAGAAUGUAGUUUCCCUUUCAAAUACACGUAUGGAGUGAAUGCCUGGAAACACUGGGUCAGAACUCGAACCCUGGGUCACGACCACCUGCGGUUGGAUGAGCUGGAAUCUACCAAGUCAGUGAAGUUAAAAGAGGACCUGCUGUCUCACAGCACCGCUGAGCUGAGCCGUGGGCUGGCCCGUUUUGUCAAUGAAAUCCGAAGGCCAAACGGAGAGAGCUACGCCCCCGACAGCAUCUACUAUCUCUGCCUUGGGAUCCAGGAGUACUUGGGUGGUAGCAAUCGGAAAGACAACAUAUUUAUUGAUCCAAGUUACCAGGCAUUUGAACAAGAAUUAAAUAAAAUCCUCAGAAGUUGGCAACCAAGCAUACUUCCGGACGGGUCAAUAUUCUCUCGAGUAGAAGAAGAUUAUCUUUGGAGGAUUAAACAGCUAGGAUCCCACUCUCCAGUAGCCCUCUUAAACACACUCUUCUACUUUAACACUAAGUAUUUUGGCCUGAAAACAGUGGAGCAACACUUAAGACUUUCCUUUGGCACGGUUUUUAAACAGUGGAAGAAAAAUCCUCUCACAAUGGAAAGCAAAGCGUGUCUUCGAUACCAAGUAUCUUCUUUGUGUGGAGCCGACAGUGAAGAUAAAAUUUCGACUGGAAAGAGAAAACAUGAAGAUGAUGAACCAGUGUUUGAACAAAUUGAGAACACAGCCAACCCCUCGAGGUGUCCUGUGAAAAUGUUUGAGUGCUACCUAUCCAAGAGCCCACAGAACCUCAACCAGAGGAUGGAUGUUUUUUACCUUCAACCCGAGGGCUCCAGCUCCUCCAGCUCCUCUGACAGCCCUGUGUGGUACACGUCGACGUCGCUGGACCGCGCUACCUUGGAAAACAUGCUUGUACGGGUGCUUUUAGUCAAAGAUAUUUAUGAUAGAGACAAUUACGAACUGGACGAAGACACGGAUUAAAACAAACUUUGAUUCGGAAGCCGUCGGGGGAUUAAAAAAACAGCAUUAGAUAGUCAUGCUGCUAGAUCUUUAUUACAGAAACAUUUCAAGUUGACUCCUUUCGUUCGAGUUUUGUAGCAGUGUGCCCACACUGGGUAUUACCAUGUAAAUAAUCUGUGAGUGAAAGCUGCCAUUAUUCUAUGUAGUGGUUCUAGGAUACUUAACAUCACAUUCAAAUUUUUUUUUAUUAUUUAUUUGAUUAGGUAUGUUUGUAACUUUUUACAUUAUGAAAUAUGAAUGAGAAUGUGCCAUGUGUAAUUUUUUUUCUUGUAGUAAGAAACAUCCAUAUUGCACAACUCUACUGUUGCAAAGCUUCCAUGAAAGGGGGCUCUUUGACUGAGUUCUUAAACCAGAUGGUUGCGUAUGGGUAGCACUACUAAAGUUUAGAACUUGCAGUGUCUUUCAGAAUUUUUAAAUAAACUGUAAACUAAUAGGUUUUCGGGGUUUUUUUUUUUUUUUGGUUUUGGGGUGUUUUUUUUUUACUUUUUAGUUACUGAAGCCUUACAAGGUUGUGUAGAGAGAUUCCAUCUUAUGUACCAAAAAUAGACAAGGGAAUGCUGUCAAUAUUGGUGUAUGUAAUGUGAAUCUAUUCUGGUGAAAACAACUUUUCUGUUGCCCUUAUUAAAACUUUAGUGUCCUUUCCUCACUUGUGACUCUCUGAAUCACCCCAAUAAAUAAACCCUACAUGAAGAAAGACUACAAGUUGAGAGAGCAUAUACCCACCAAGACAUUUACCUCAUGAAAGUAUAUCUGAUGAAAGCACUGUACUUUUUUUGUGUUUCUCUGAGGCCAGCCACAAGUCCUGGGGCCACCAGGGUUGCUCUUGGUUUGUCCUUUGUGUGCUCAGUGAACUGGACCACCACGUUGCAGUGUUUUCUGGUUCUGGGUGUAAAAUGAUCUCCAAUUGUCUCUUUCAAUUUCCUCCUGUGCCUACAAUCAAAAACAACCAGCACUCUCUUUUGAUGGCAAGGAGUAGAGAAGUUGCAGAAAAGCAAAAGAAUUAUUGAAAAACAACCUUGGAUUCACCUGUUUCUUCAAGAAAGGGCUCGUUCCCCACUGGCAACUGAACUCCCCGGUGUUUAAAGGCUUAACUCCACCCACGGGGCUCCCGCAGAUCGCCCUGCACUCUGCUUGGAAGAUGAUCGACAUCGCAGGGCUGCUGGCACCUUGAAUAAUCAAAAGGGCGGUGAUACUAGGACUCCAACAGUAAGGAGGAACUAGGGGAGAAGAGAAUGGAUAAGACACAGCAUAUCUCGAUGCAAAUCGUACCUGCUGGGUUGUGUGGCUUUUUAAAUUCAAGUUCCUUCUUAUAGAAGAUUGCAUUUAAAGGCUCUGUGCUUCUGAGUAGCGAUUUAUACUUUUGGAUCUGUUUGAAAUCAGGAAGUUUGCUUAAAAUUUGACUUUUCUUGGGUGCUGAGAGAAAUGCUGAUCUUGGACUGUCGGUAAACGUUCUUGGGGCUGAUUCUGGGGAUCUGCGGAUUAGCUUAAUUUUUCUUGUUUUGAAGUUUCCAGACCAUCAUGGUGAUGUGGGCUGGGGCCGCGGUCGGACAACCCGGCUGUUCUCCAUUGGGUCGGGGAGACAACGCCUUGCCCACGAACUCCUGUCCCUUUUCCAUCAGCAAAAUGUGUCAGCCCACACGCAGGAUGCCCGGACAGCCUUUGGAACCAUAAUGUGCUCAUUUUGCCGAAAAAUAGAAUGGCUGAUGGCUGAUGUGCUCAAGCAAAUCCUGGCAGAAAGGAAUUCCCUUGUAAAUACUCCUGUGCUCUGCCUUUGCAGUUUAUAAUCAUAAUCGCGGUAACUUCCCUCUCUUUCAAUCAAUGUUUUAUGCCUAGAGACCUCAAAGUCAGGUUUCCAGCUGCAACCCUUCUCUAACCAGUCCCGCCUUCCUCCUUCCACAGUCUGAUCUCUUCAGUAGACAUGUGACUUGUUUUUUUCUGAAAAGUCCAAGGGGCCUCCUAGUCUGAUUUAGAAAAUCAUCAAUCAUUCAAUCAAUCAAUCAAUCUAGCAAGCAAGCAAUAGUAUUGAGUGAACAUCUACUAUGUGCAAGAACUGUACAAAGUGCUUGAGAAAGUACAAUAGAAUUGAUAGACAUGAACCCCACCCAAAAGAAGCCUACAACCUAGCAAGGGGAAAUGUUUCCAUUUUCUCACCUCCAUGUUUUGCAGACUGGUUUUUUGAAACCCUCCAAACUGAAGCCUGUUGGCAUUUAGAAGGUGGCUGACUUAAAUCCAGCUUUUAUCCUCAAAAUGGUGCCCUCCGCCAGGUGCAAGAAAGGGCCUUCGCCACCGAGGGUUAAGUCAAACGUGGUGAAUGUCUGGCGUGGUGCUGUGUAGCUGGAUGGGCAACAAGCCCCAUAGUCUGCUUCCUUCUUCUUGUUCUCUAAACUUGAUCCAGAAAAUGUUUUGUGGAUGAAGAGGAGGCUUCCCAGAAAUGCAUGAGAGGCAGUUUGACCUUUCAGGCCCUCCUAGUUGUAAUCAUGGAUCUUAGAUCCAGUUCAAAUCAUCUUGGGGGCUGGGGAGCUCGGUCUGAGGCAAUCUCCUUGCCAGGUUCUUGAGAUGCAAGGCCUCGAAUCAGUCUACUGCGAAUCAGACAGGAAGCCUCGAUUCUUGAUUGUCCCCAAGCCUUGCAUUCAGAAUUGAGGCCACGGCCACCCAUUGUGCCCGGAUUCUGGCCUUUGGUUUUACUGCUCUUAAGAAUGGAUUUUUGCCGCUUAAAAUCAGAGAUCGCAAAUGAAGUAUUAUAUUUGCUUUGUUUGGGAAAACCGCUCACCUAGAAAAUUAAACUUUCAUGACGCAUUCUCUAAGAGUUAGGUGACACCGAAGAAACGAUUAAGCAAUGUUUCUGGGUAAGAAACCGAGAAGAUGUUCCUUACCAUAAAAAAAUUCGCUCUAUGAAUGGUCACUUUUGCUCUGUAAGCUGCAGGACUGGUUCUUGUUUUGCCAUUAAAAACUUAUUAACAA